AUGUUGUACAUCGAUCAGCCAGUUCAGGUCGGCUUCUCCUAUGACUCACUACGAAACGUGACCAGGAACCUCCUCGGAAGCACCCGGACUCUGAACGCCUCAUCCCCAAUCCCAGCGCAGAAUGCCACUUUCCAGACUGGCACAUUGGCCAGCGGCGGAAGGAACACGACGAGCUUUGGUAGUCGCAAUGCAGCUAUUGCCCUAUGGCACUUCUCGCAGGUCUGGUUUCAGGAGUUUCCGGGGUACCACCCCAACGAUGACCGCAUCAGCAUUGCAACGCAGUCCUACGGUGGCCGGUAUGGACCCGCCUUUGCCGCCUACUUUCAGGAGCAGAACGAAAAGAUCGCGAACGGCACCUGGGAUGGUACCGAAGGCGAGAAAUACAUCUUGAACCUGGACACUCUCCUGAUCGUCAACGGGUGCAUUGACCGCCAAGUGCAGUGGCCCUCAUACCCGGAGAUGGCGUUCAACAACACGUAUGGCAUACAAACGGUCAAUGAGACGGUAUACCAGGGCAUGAUCGAUGCUUACUAUGCGGAAGGAGGCUGCCGUGACAGGAUUGAUGCCUGUCGUGGAAUCUCUGCAGUAUAUGACCCAGAUAACAUUGGCAUCAAUACGACCGUGAACAGUGUCUGUCAAGAUGCGGAAACAUACUGCACGGAGAAUGUUCGCGACCCCUAUCUCGAUGUCUCGGGUCGCGAUUACUACGACGUAACACAGAUCGACCCAACGCUGUUCCCGCCCCCCUUCACAGCCGGAUAUCUGAACCAGCCCUACGUUCAAUCUGCCCUCGGGGUUCCCUUGAACUGGACAGGUAGCUCGAGUGCAUCGUCCUCCGCCUUCCGCAGUAUCGGAGACUACCCCCGGCCAGGCUGGAUCGAAGAUAUCGCCUACCUCCUCCACAGCGGCAUCAAGGUCUCUCUCAUGUUCGGCGACCGCGACUUUGCGUGCAAUUGGAUCGGCGGAGAGCAAGUGGCGCUGGCGAUUCCCUGGGCAGACCAGGAGAAUUUUGCCAAUGCAGGCUACGAGCCACUGCAGACCAAUGCCACUUAUGAAGGCGGCCAAGUUCGGCAAUAUGGCAACUUAUCAUUCAUCCGAGUCUACCAGGCCGGACACGCCGUGCCAUCGUAUCAGCCGGAAUCCGCGUACCAAAUAUUUAAUCGCGCUCUUUUCAACAAGGACAUUGCGACAGGCCUUAUUGAUACCGCCACGAACCUGACUUAUGCCACCGAGGGGCCUGCGGAUACAUUCGGUAUCAAGAACGAGAUUCCGCCUCAGUACGAAGAUUUCUGUUAUGUUCUUGACCCUAGCACCUGCAGCGACGAGCAGGUUGAUGCUCUACGGAACGGGACGGGCAUCAUCAAAGAUUACAUCAUGAUUGAGCCGGCUUCUCAGCAAGGAACUGCAAUUGGAUUAAAAGCAAGGGACAUGUGA